GAAUCCGUAACUUAUCAGAGGUUUCUUAACUAGUAUACCAUGUUAUAUACGAAUGUGUGAAAAACAUUUUUCAGGCUGCUUUGCUUCGUUUCUGCCAAAUAUAUUUUAGUACGAAUUGUAAAUACUUGCUGCUAUAAUGUCAGUGAUUGGUUACGAUGUUGGGAACCUGUCGUGUUACAUUGCAGUGGCACGCCAAGGUGGAAUCGAAACUAUUGCUAAUGAAUUUAGUGAUAGAAACACACCGUCUAUUGUGUCGCUUACAAGUAAAGAAAGAUCUAUAGGAACAUCAGCAAAAACACAAAUCAUUUCUAAUUACAAAAACACCAUCAGCAACUUUAAAAGAUUAAUUGGACGACCUUUUGAUGACCCGUUUGUUCAAAAGCAGAUAAAUAGUCUUCCGUAUCUGCUUGUUAAAACAAGCUCUGGUGGUGUUGGGGUCCAGGUAAUGUAUGGAGGAGAGCAAACAGAAUUCAGCAUGGAACAAAUAUAUGGGAUGCUACUGACUAAGCUACGUACUAUAACUGAGGACAAUCUUAAGAAACCGGUUCAAGAUUGUGUUUUGUCGGUUCCUUCAUUUUACUCCGAUGUUCAAAGAAGAAGUCUCCUGGCAGCUUCAAGAGUUGCAAGUUUGAAUUGUUUACGUCUCUUCAACGAUACUACUGCCGUUGCACUUGCGUAUGGAAUAUAUAAACAAGACUUGCCGGCACCGGAAGAAAAAUCACGAAUCGUAAUAUUUGUUGAUAUUGGUCAUUCAUCCAUGCAAGUUGCAGCAGUUGCAUUUAACAAAGGAAAACUGAAGGUUCUUGCGACAACAUUCGACCCUUACCUCGGUGGAAGGGAUUUUGACUUGGUGCUUGCAAAAUAUUUUGCUGAUAUUUUCAAGGAAAAAUACAAGAUUGAUGUCCAGAAAAACAAGAGAGCUGAGCUCCGUCUUAUGAUGGAAUGUGAAAAGCUGAAGAAACAGUUGUCAUCCAACAGUGGGAAAAUGGCGCUGAAUAUCGAGUGUUUAAUGGACGAUAAAGAUGUACAAGGCUCAAUGAACAGGUCAGAGUUUGAGGAAUUAUGCAAUUCUCUAUUACAAAGAGUUGACAUACCUUUGCAAAAGAUUCUGCAAGAUACAAAAUUGCAGAGUCAAGAUUUUUACUCGGUUGAAAUUGUUGGGGGAACGACCAGAAUUCCAGCUGUGAGAUCAAGGAUCAACAAAAUCUUAGGAAUGGAAGCAAGCACGACAUUAAACGCUGAUGAAGCAGUUGCGCGUGGUUGUGCAUUACAGUGUGCUAUGCUGUCUCCUACAUUUAAAGUUCGUGACUUUACUGUGCUCGAGUGUUGUCCAUAUUCGAUCUCAUUAUCAUGGAAGGCACCACUGAAUGAGGAAGGAGAUAUGGAAAUAUUUCCUCGAAACCACCAAGCUCCGUUCUCGAAGAUGCUUUCAUUUUAUCGCAAGGAAGAAUUUGCACUGAACGCUCGUUACACCAACCCCGAUCAAAUCAACUAUCCACAUUCGGAUAUUGGUAACUUCUGCAUAAGCAAUGUGAUUCCUAAUAAAGAUGGUGAAGCAUCCAAGGUUAAAGUUAAGGUUCGCAUCAACAUCCAUGGGUUGUUCUCUGUUACUCAAGCGAGUAUCAUUGAAAAGCUUGAAGAACCUCCCGCGGUAAUAAAUGGUGAAGAACCAAUGGAGACACAAGAACAAGACAAACCAGCAGAUCCUGAACAGCCACCAAUGGAAACUGAGCCUACUAACACUGAGAAGACAAACGAAAGUAGUGAACCUGCUGCUGCUAAUACGGAUAAUAAAGAAAACACUAAUUCAGUUGAUAAUGAAGAAAAGAAGAACUGCGAUGAGAAAACUGAGAAGAAGAAAAAAGUGAAAGUUAAAUCCAAAGAUCUUCCGUUUGAGUCGCAACUGCACAUGCAGAUCAACGAAGCAGAACUUCAACGGAUGUUUGAACUUGAAAACAAGAUGAUCAUGAAUGACAAGCUUGAAUACGAGACUUCAGAAGCGAAAAAUCUUGUUGAGGAAUAUGUUUAUGAUAUGCGGGGAAAACUUUACGAUAAAUACGAUGGAUACAUCACAGAAGAGGACCGAGAUAGGUUUGUAGCAGUUUUAGAGCAAACAGAGAAUUGGUUAUAUGAAGAAGGUGAGAAUGAGAAGAAACAAGUUUAUGUUGAUAAACUUGCCGGGUUGAAACAAUCUGGGGACCCGGUGUUUAGGAGAUACACUGAGGCAGCAGCAAGACCAGCAGCUUUUGAACAACUUGGUUCUGCUUUGCAAAAAAUCUCAAAGUUUUUGCAUAACUAUAAUGAAAAAGAUGAGAAAUACAUUCACAUCGAACAGAAAGAAGUUGACAAAGUUACGGAAUCCGCCACAGCAGCAUCACAGUGGUAUAAUCAAAUGCUUCAGAAACAGAAUGCACUUUCGAAAUCAUCAAAUCCGGUUGUAACGGUAUCUGAAAUCGUUGCGAAACUGAAGAGCAUGGAAAGCACAUGCAACUCUAUAAUGAAUACACCAAAACCUAAACCUAAAGAAGAAGUUCCCCCACCUGACACUCCUGAUGAAAAAACUAAAGAUGAACCGUCGAAAGAAAAGAAAGAGAAAACUGAGCAGAAGGAAGAGAUGGACCUUGAUUGAUUACAACUUCCAUGCUAACUUAAAUAUCACAAAAAAAUGCUGUGUUUUUUUGAUGUUAGUGUAAUUGUAUUAUGAAUAUACAUAAUUUCAGAUAUCACAUAAUUUAUUGGUUGAUAUUAUGUUGUGUAGAAACUUCACUGCACAAACUGAAAUGCUUGAUGUGAUUUGGUCCUGUAAUGAAAUGUCAUUAUAAAAUAUAGCUAGCUGCUUAUAUGACUUUAAAACCCAGCGUUUUACCAACGCUUAUAUAAGCGUAUAACUUUGAAGCUGCUGCAGUUUAAGCUGCAAUAAAUGAGCAACUAUUGUCUAUAACUUGGUUAAUACUCCUCACUGAAUAAAUAAUUACAGUUGUAUUGGCGAUAACUUAAAUAAACAACACCAAGAUUCUUAAUAACCACAGCCAUAUGGGGAUAACAAAAGCGGUCCCGUUCCAUCGUCAACCUAUAAACAAUGUUAAUUGCUGAUCAUAUAACUUCACCAUUAAACAUGCUGCUCUGUACAAG